AGGAAGCACAUGGCCACCAUGUCCAAGAUCCUUAACUUAAAAGACAAUGAAAUGGAUAAUCUGGCAGACUUCCUUGGCCAUGAUAUUCGAGUGCAUCGCGAAUAUUACAGACUGCCUGAAGGGACGUUACAGCUGGCCAAGAUAAGCAAAGUCCUUAUGGCCAUGGAACGAGGGCAGCUGUCAGAUUUCAAAGGAAGAAAUCUUGACGAAAUAAACAUUGAUCCACAAGAGAACGUAGCUGUUGACAGUGAUGCAUCAAACAGUGAAGAUGAGGAAAACACGAGUGUGACAGAUGCUGCGUCAUCUGCUGCACUCUCAUCUGCUUCACUCUUAUCGACAAAAUCUUCAGGGGCAUCACAAACCACAAGAAGGAAGUGGACUGAAGCAGAAAUAAAGGCUGUGGAGAAGACUCUAAUGGAGUACAUCAGCUCUGGAAAGGUUCCUGGGAAGGCGGCAGAGUGUCUCAAAUGUAUUGAGACUUCACCAUUAGCAUUGAAAGAGAGACGUUGGGAGGGAGUUAAAUUUUACGUGAAAAACCGAAUUGAUGCUUUAAAGCGAGAGUCAGUGAAAAGAAGGUAAGAAGCUAAUGUCAAACAAAU